AAACUAAGCAACAAAAAAAACAAAAAGAAAAAAAAUUUGAUGAAUUAAAAUAAAAAUUUUUAAAAAAAUCAUGUUCAAUUCAAAAGGAUGUUUAAAUCAUCUUACAAAAGAAGAAAUUAUGGUAUAUACAUUUCGUGCUUAUGUAUCACCAAUAUUAGUUAUUAUUGGUAUUCCAUCAAAUCUUUUAGUGAUACUUGUAUUUAUUAUAAUUGAAUAUCAAAAAACUUGCCGUUUUAAUUUAUAUGCAAUAUGGAUGUCUAUUGCUCAUAAUAUACAAUUAAUUGUUAAUACAUUAAUUGAUGAUUUUUUAGGUCGUGGAUUAAAAUAUGCAACACAAUGUAAAUAUUCAAUACAAGUUGAUAUAGAAUCAUCAUUUCUAUGUAAAACAUUUACUUAUUUAACUGAUGCUUCAGCAUUAAUUGCUGCAUUUAUAUUAAUGUUAUUUAGUGUUGAUCGUGUUUGUUCAAUUUAUAAUCCAAAACAUUUUGAACAAAGUUCUCAUGUGAAAUUAGCGCAUAUUAUUAUUGGUUUUGUUAUAAUUAUUUGUUUAAUAUUAAAUAUACCACAUUUAAUAUUUGCUGAUUUAAAAAUUCAUCCAAUAAAUAAUUCACAUGAAUGUCAAUAUAUUAAUCCUGUUGCUGGUGGUGUAAAAUAUGUUCUUUAUUUAUAUAUUAUUGGUGUAGCUAUACUUCCAGCUAUAUUCAUUUUUAUUACAAAUAUUUUAAUAUUAUAUAAAUUGAGUACAACAGUUUAUCGAUCAAAAUUAAUUGGUACUAAAGAUGAUGAAUCAAAUAAUGAAAGGGGUAAAGUAAUAGCACAUUUAGCUAUUAGUAUUCUAUUCACAAGUUUAUCUAUACCAUUAGUGGUAAUGAUUAUUUUAAGACAACAAGUAUAUUUUUACAAAUAUGAUAUAUUAUAUCCAGAAUAUACUAAACAAAUUGUGCAAUAUUCAAAAUUAUUUAGUUCAGUUGAUUCAUUUAAUCAUGCUUUUGAUUUUUUCUUAUAUUUAGCAUUUAUGCCAACAUUUCGGCGUACAUUAAUGGAUAUAUUUAAAUGUAGAAUUUUUUUACGUAAUAAUCAUUCAAAUAAGAAACAUCAUCAUGAUAAUCAUAUUGAUGAUAAAUGUGAACAACAAUAUUUACAUCAUUCAGAACAAGAAAUCAAUAUUCCAUUUACUGAUCAAGAGACAAUGUCACUUUAUUCAAAUAAAUUAAUUUGUGUCGAAGAUUUUUAUUUAAAUUCGAACAGUUUAAAUUAUAGUACAGAUCCUAUACCGUUUAUUGAUCAAUAUGUGAAUUAUUCACCGGAACAUUAUACAAUUAAAACAUUAUGACAAAAUGUUAUUUUAGCAGGGGUUUUUUUGUGAUUAAAUGUUGAGCCAAUUUUUUUUUAAAAAAAAACUUUAUUAUAACAUUAUCAUUACAAUUUAACUGUCAAUCAUUCUCAUUGUAAAAAGUGGUUAUCUAUACAUAUAAACAUAUUUUGAAUUUAUUCAAAUUCAAUUAACAUUCCUUAUUUGUAUCUAGGAAAUGAAUUGAAUCAACUUUAUAGAAAUGUAUAUUGUAUCCAAAUGAGCAAUAUAAAUGUUUCUUGUCAAAAAAAAAGAAAAGAAGAAGAAAGAAAUGCGAUUUUGUUUCAUUUGUCUUAUGAAUUACAUUAUUCUAACGAUAAUAAUCAAACAAAC